UGUACCACCGUCUUCAACUUCUCUUUCUCAUUCUCAACCCGUCUCUUUUUCUUCCAUAAUGGUUGCUCUCGGCGUUUGGGGCCUCACUCUUGAGCCUGGCAAGAAGUACGAUCUGGUGUCUGAGUACGACAUUCAUCUCACUGGCGUCACUUUUGGCGAAGAGGUCAAGGGCGACAAGCGUAGCGUCCUCAAAGUUUAUACUAUGACAUUUCCAGAAGGCGAUGAGGAUGACGACGACGAAGACGAAGACGUUAAAGAAGAAGCUGAAGCUGCUGAAGGCAAAGCUAAGGCUAAAGCAGCCGCUAAGAAGGCUGCUGAAGCUGACAAAAAGGACGAAGAUGAUGAUGAUGAUGACGAUGAAGACAUUGGGGAGCUCCGGGAGACCAUCGUUUGCUCCCUUGUACCUAGCAAAAUCGAGUUCCAGAAUGUAAACUUGGUCUUGACGACAUCUGAGGAGCCUGUCAUGCUUGAGGUCACUGGAGAGAACACUGUCUACCUGUCUGGCAACUACAUCGAACAGGAGAUGCCGCAUAAUGACCACAUCGAUGACCUGGAAGACGAUUUUGAUUUGAAUGACGUUCCCUCCGAUGUAGAACUGGACGAGGAUGAGAUGGAUGCUGUGCUGAAUGGCGAGAUGGACGAGGAUGAAGACGAAGAGAUGGAGGGCGAGCCGAAGAUCGAGGAGAUCACUGCCUCCGCAGAGAAGCCGUCUAAGAAGCGUGCACGUGAGGAAGAGGAGUUAUCCCCCGCAAAGCCAGCUGAAGGCGAGAAGAAGCUGAGCAAGGCCGAGAAGAAGCGUCUGAACAAGAAGCAGAAGGGCGCUGAUGGCGAGGCCAAGGCUGCUCCUGAGCCUGAGCCUAAGGCGAACGGAAAAGCCGCCGCCGCUGAGGGCAAGGAGAGCACUCUGAAGAAAAUCAUCGAGCUCCCUGGUGGCGUCAAGAUCCAGGACAUGAAGCUGGGUACCGGGCCACACGCAAAGGCCGGCAAGAAGGUCGGUAUGCGCUAUAUCGGCAAGCUCCAGAGCAACAACAAGGUCUUUGACUCGAACGUGAAAGGACCCCUAUUCAAAUUUGUCCUCGGAAAGGGACAGGUGAUCAAGGGCUGGGAUGAGGGUGUUGCCGGCAUGGCUGUUGGGGGCGAGCGCAAGCUUAUCAUUCCUCCGUCCAAGGCCUAUGGCAGCAAGGGGACUGAGGGCAUCCCGGCCAACUCGACUCUUAUCUUCGAGAUCAAGAUGGUUGAGAUGUCUUGAUGGGUCACAAGUUAUCCAAAAGUAGUGACUUCGGUCGUAUACUACAACUUACCACAGCC